GGCAGCCCCUCCCACGACUCCGACGAGGGCCUCCAGAUGAUGGAGAUCAAACGCGAGCCUACCCAGACCACGACCAUCAACAAGGUUCCUCGUUCCACGUCGCAGCCCAUACGCACCCGAGCAAGGCCCAGCCGCCACGGGGCCCCCGCGCUCUCCCCUCGUACCACACGCCGCACCAUGCUGGCGAUCGAGCUCACCGAGUCUGUUCGCCGCGGCCUGCUCUGGGAGAGGCACCAAAAGACCAGGACGGCGAAUGCUGUGCUCAAGAGGCGACACUCCUCG